UCCACUAUUUUCAAACUUGAUCUACCCUUUAUUUUUUAAUUUUUUUAUUUGCUUCUUAUUUUCUUUUUUUUUUAAAUUUGCUUCCGAACUUUUUGUACAUAACAUUUUAACCGGUUUUACUUUAAAGAUGUAAUGAAUCAAAAAUUUUAUUUUAAUUUAGGUUGUAAUUUCAGCCAUGUCUGAAAUAAGACGAAGACGUAAAGACAAAUUUUCUGAACGCAUUCCAUUAAAAAGGGAAACAAUGGCCAGUCAAUUAAUAAAAAAUUGGCGUUCUAAAAUAUUUUUACUAUUAUCAAUAUUAUUUUCCAUAUUUCUUUAUGUUUAUAUACGAAAUUCUUUCUUUAUUCCUACCAAUGUUUUACAAAAAUCUGAACUUCCAAAAAGUGAAAUUGAGGAUAUUUAUAAAGAAACGAGUUGGGGUACUCUUCGUCCUCAUCUUUAUUUUGGUCUGAAAACUAAACAAAUACUUUCACCACUGUUUGGUUUACUAUGGUACGAACAACCUCGUCAACAAUUUAUUCAAAAUCUUCCUUUACGCCAUUGGUGCGAUCAUGCUGAUCCUGUUAAAUAUGGUUGGGAGGCGCAUGAUGGACGUACCUUUGGAAGGCAAAAAAUUACUGACGGAGAUUUAUCUUUUUUUAUUGACUGGAUCUCCAAAGGUGAAAAAUCUUGGGCAGUUCGUAUGUUUGGAAAAGCUGAGCAAAAUUCUAGUUUUUCUUUUCUUCUUUAUUUGGCACUUCAAGACGGAGUGUUAACUCCAUUAAACCUUCUAGAAGAUGGAGGACUUACUUAUAAAUUUAUUAAUGGUCAUUCUCGUAGCAUCGGUCAAUUUGACAUUAAAAUUCUUUUUACAAAUCCAAUGACAACUGAAAAAUUUUCAAAUGUUGCUUACAAACUUCCUGCUUAUUUGGGAAUGGUUCAUAUAAAGGAUGUUAUUCUUGGCUCAUUUGCGCGUCCAGAAAACCAAUUAGAUUUGAUUUUGCAUCAAAAUGAACGAAUCGCUUCGUUUGAGUCAUCUUCAGGAAAUGUUGAUUUUAGUGUUGUUCAGAUAACAGUUUCUGGUGAUUUUGACUUUAUUGUCGAGUUGAAUUCUGCAAAUGAUGGGAUUUUGAAUGAUUAUUUUCAGACAGUUUUUGAUAAGAAGUUGAAGGAAUUUGGAGAUCGUUUUGAUGAUGCCUUUCCUAUUGAUUUAAAAAACGAAGAAGGACUUGAACCAAAUAAAAAUGAUGUUAAUGAUAGAAAUUAUCGAAAAUUGGCAAAAACUGCUUUGGCUAAUUUAUUGGAUGCACGUUAUUAUGGUCCAUUGUCUCUGUUUUCUGCCGUUCCUUCUCGACCCUUUUUUCCGCGUGGAUUUCUAUGGGAUGAGGGUUUUCACAAUCUUUUGAUAAGAAAAUUUGAUCCACUUUUAACCUUACAGAUUAUUGCGUCUUGGCUUGACACGAUGAAUGUUGAUGGCUGGAUUCCACGAGAGUUGGUUUUGGAUGAUGAGGCACGAGCACGAAUACCUUCAGAGUUUUUGGUUCAAAGUCCAGAAGUGGCUAACCCGCCAAUGUUUUUCUUUCUAUUGGAUAAAUUCUUGAGAAAUUCCGAGUUAUUUAAAUAUCAUCAAAAACGAAUUAAUGCUCUUUAUCCACGUUUAAAACGUUGGUAUAUUUGGUUAAGGGAUUCUCAACGUGGUCCAAAGUUUGGCACAAUGCAAUGGCAGAACCACAAAUCUUGAAGUUAACC